AUGAAGAAGAAAACAGAGGAAGUUGUCAUCGAUGGAUGUCCCAGAAAACCUCCUAGAUCCAGAAAGAGGAAAAGCUCAUAUGACAAUAACGACACCUGCAAUGGAAAAUAUGUAAAGCUCUGUGGAAGGGCUACGAGUUUGAAACGCGUCGAUAUUAAUGGUUCCCCAUUGUUUACAAAACCGACUUUCCAAGUGCCUGAUAGAACACCAGUAAGUGCUGUCACACUGAACAGUCAGAAGCGAACCACACGUGGUCGGAAGUUGAUGCGAGAUCUUUCCAGCCUGCAAACAAUUGAGACGGAAACAAAAGUACCAUCUUCUAAACGCAAACCUAGAGGAAAAAUAAAACAUACUGAUGAGACUACUAUUGAAGAUAGACCACAUAAUUUCCCAGAUUUGUUGAUGAUGAUGGAGAUUAUGACCAUAUAUUUCAGUGUAGUAGCCCAGAAACCACGGAAGAUGAGUUAUCAAAUGAUGAAUCAAGUUGUUCUAAAAGACAAACCUUCAGGAUGUGAUCAGCCUCAACCGGAAUUCGCAGAGGUUAGAUCCAAGAAUCCACGAAAGCCGUGUGUCCAAGCUGAAACUAAGAAACAACCAAACUCGACAAAAGGAACCAGAGGGAGGAGGAAAGUGAAAACAAAGGAACCAUUAAAACUUGAAUAUAAUGAUGAGGGUGAUAUGACAUAUCGUUGCACUCACUGUGAUGCUAAGUUUUGGUAUGGUGAACGUAUCAACAAGAAGAAGAGGUCACGCAAUCCAGUCUUCACGCUUUGCUGUAUGCAGGGACAAGUAACGUUGCCGUUGCUAAAGGAUCCUCCUCCUGAAAUUAAAAAUUUGAUUUAUGGAGAUGAUGAAUUAAGCCGACAUUAUCAGAAGCACAUCAGGCCUUACAGCAUGCUUUUUUCCUUUACUUCAAUGGGUGGAAGAGUUGAUCAUUCUGUAAAAAAAGGGAGGGGUCCACAAAUGUUUCAGUUGCACGGAGAGAAUUACCAUUUAAUGGGCAGCAUGAUUCCACAACCUGGAGAUUAUGCAAAAUUCUAUCAGAUGUAUAUUGUUGACAUGGAGAAUGAGAUCGAAAAUAGGCUCACUUUCCUCAGCAAGGCUAAAAAUGCACAAGAAUCAACUAAGAAGAACCGACUACGGAAGGAAAUCAUUGAAUUGUUCGUCAAGGUCUUAGAUGAGCACAACCCGUACGUGAAGACAUUUCGGUCUGCAAGAGAGAGAUUCAACACUGACCCUGAGCACAGUUUUCACAUGAGGAUUAUAAGUGAUCGUGUUACUGAUGGAAGAACUUACAACACUCCUACGGCUUCUGAGGUUGCUGCAAUCAUUCCCGGAGAUUUCAAUUUUGACAUGGGGAAGAACCGUGAUAUAAUCCUACAAAAACAAUCCGGAAAGCUGAGGCGUAUUAGCGAGAUUCAUCCGUCGUAUAUCCCACUACAAUAUCCUACGUGUUUCGUUUAUGGAGAAGAUGGUUUCAGGCUUGGAAUUAAGAAAGCAGAUUCAGUUUACGGGAAAAAAAAUAAGAAGGAAAACAUCUCUGUUAGACAGUUUUUUGCUUUCCGUCUAUUUGAAAGAACAAAAGAGUCUAACCAUCUCUUACACUCGAGGAGGCUGUUUCAGCAGUACUUGGUCGAUACCUACACCAUGAUUGAGACUAACAGGCUUACCUAUCUGCGGAUGAACCAGACAAGCUUGAGAUCAGACAGUUAUGACUCAAUCAAACAAGCUGAAGACGCAGGUGUCAUUGAAAUGGAGGAACAAGGUAAUAAGUUUUACUUGCAUGCGUCUUUCACUGGAGGACCAAGGUAUAUGAGGGAGUUAUAUUUCGAUGCGAUGGCGAUAUGCAGACAUUAUGGUUUCCCGGAUUUGUUCAUCACAUUUACAUGCAAUCCUAAAUGGCCAGAACUAACCCGAGAGCUUGAUGGUACAAAUCUGAAACCUACGGAUAGAGCUGAACUCAUCUGCAGGCUGUAUCAUAUAAAACUAGCGUCACUCAUGGAAGACUUGACGGAUAAUGGACUCCUAGGCCAAACAGUUGCGUCAAUGUAUACAAUAGAAUUUCAAAAACGAGGACUGCCACAUGCUCACAUUCUUCUGUUUAUGCAUCAGAAGUGCAAGUUUCCAACUACGGAUGAUAUCGAUAAGAUUAUAUCAGCAGAGAUACCAGAUAAGGUGGAGGAGCCAGAACUAUAUGAAGUUGUGAAGGAUAUGAUGAUUCACGGUCCUUGCGGUAAUGUGAACAUAAACUCACCAUGUAUGGAAAAUGGAAAAUGUUCAAAGCUAUUCCCGAAAGCUCAUGCAGAGAGAACCAAGAUAAGCAAAGAUGGCUUCCCAAUAUACAGGAGACGGGACCAGCCAGGUGUGUUUAUCGAGAAGAAUGGUUUCAAGUGUGACAACCGAUACGUGAUUCCAUAUAACAGAGCUCUGUCCAUCCGUUACAAAGCUCACAUCAAUGUAGAAUGGUGCAACCAGUCAGCUGCUAUUAAGUACUUAUUUAAGUAUAUCAACAAAGGAUCAGAUCGUGUUGCUGUCGUUGUUGAGUCAGCUGAGCAGGCCACACUUGGUGAAGAAGCACGGCAGAAAAAGAAAAAUGGGAGACCUACUAAUGGAGCUAAGCAGACUGAAGAUAGUUCUGAGUCCACUGAGAAGGUUGAGCAGGUUAACGAGAUUAAAGACUAUUUUGAUUGCCGGUUUGUAGGUGCUACAGAAGCUGUAUGGAGAACACUGGGGUUUAAAAUACAUCAUAGAUCUGUGUCUGUGGUUAAACUCACUUUUCAUUUAGAAGGGAAACAGUUGGUUAUCUUCAAAGGGAAGGACAAGCUGGAAAGGGUUGUUACACGAAAACUGAUCGAGAAGACUAUGAUGUUGGCUUGGUUUCAGCUGAAUUUGGAAAAUGAGUUUGCUAGAACGUUAACCUAUGUUCAGAUUCCAAAUUUCUUUGUAUAUAUUGCUAGCCAGAAACGUUGGAAAGAAAGGGAGACAGGUUUUGCAAUUGGCAGAAUCAACUAUGCCCCAAGGAAGAUUGAAGAUGCUUAUUAUUGUCGGGUGUUGCUAAAUGUUGUCCGUGGUCCCACAUGUUUUGACGACAUCAAGACAUACAAUGGAGUGCUAUAUCCGAGCAACAAGGAUGCGUGCUAUGCCAGGGGUUUGUUAGAGGAUGACCAAGAGUACAUUGAUGACAUUCUCAGGAGAAGCUUCACGACUUCUGCAGCUCAACUUCGGCAGUUAUUCGUCACCAUGCUUAAUUCCGACAGUUUAACUUCUCCAGAGCUGGCUCUAAUGGUGAUGUAUGUUUCAGAAUAUAUCUUGAGUGAUGAAGACCGGAGAGAAUUGUGUUUGCAAGAGAUUGAAAACAUAUUAAAAAGGAACGGUGGAGAUUUCUCACGUUUUAAGACUAUGCCGAAGCCACGAAGAACUGUUGCAAGAGAGGAAAAUGUUUUAAUCGUCGACGAGAAAAGCUACAAUCAGAAAGAACAGAAAGAGAAUCACGAUAGAGAUUUGCCAAAGCUAACCGAUGAGCAGAAGAAAGUGUAUGACGAGAUUGUUGGUGCUGUUUUAGAGAGAACUGGAGGUGUGUUUUUUCUAUUUGGAUUCGGUGGAACAGGAAAAACUUUUCUAUGGAAAAUAUUGUCAUCGGCAAUAAGAUGUCGGGGAGAGAUAGUUCUCAACGUUGCUUCAAGCGGUAUAGCAAGUCUUUUGUUACAGGGAGGGAGAACGGCUCAUUCCAGGUUUGGAAUACCAAUAAAUCCUCAUGAAACAUCAACAUGCAACAUGGAAAAAGGUGGAGAUCUCGCAAAUCUGGUGAAAGAAGCUUCUCUGAUUAUAUGGGAUGAAGCUCCGAUGAUGCAUAAGCAUUGUUUUGAGUCUUUGGAUCGCUCACUGUGGCUGAUAUUGUUGGUUCUUCCUGUGAUUCCUGGAGCCGGUAGAGCAGAAGUUGUAUGCUCUGCUCUGAACUCAUCUUAUCUUUGGAAGCACUGCAAGAUAGAAGAACCUAACGAUGGAGAAGCUGAAAUAGAUAUUCCGGAAGAGUUUUUAAUAACUGAUGCAGAGGAACCUAUCGAAGCCAUAAGCAGAGAAAUAUAUGGAGAUGCUUCUGAUCUACAGGACAAUACAGAUCCCUUAUUUUUCCAAGGCAGAGCUAUUCUCUGUCCCACUAACGAAGAUGUCAACAUGAUCAAUGAAUACAUGCUCGAUAAGCUGAAUGGGGAGGAGAGAAUCUAUCUAAGCUCUGAUACAAUAGAUCCUUGUGACACAGCCGCUAUUAACGACGAGGCUCUAAGCACGGAAUUCCUAAACAGCAUAAGAGUAGCUGGUUUACCUAAUCACGCUUUGCGACUGAAGGUUGGCUGUCCAGUUAUGUUGCUCAGAAAUAUUGAUCCCAUAGGAGGUCUAAUGAACGGAACGAGGUUGCAGAUAACUCAAUUAGCUGAUUUUAUGGUUGAAGCUAAAGUUAUAACAGGAGAUAAGGUCGGUGUGAAGGUUAUUAUUCCUAGGCUUUUGAUUACUCCAUCGGACACCCUACUUCCUUUCAAGAUGAGGAGAAGACAACUUCCUUUAGCUGUUGCAUUCGCAAUAACUAUCAACAAGAGCCAGGGUCAGUCUCUAUCACAGGUUGGGAUAUUCUUGCCAAGGCCUGUUUUCUCUCAUGGACAGCUUUACGUCGCAAUUUCCAGGGUAACCUCCAAGAAGGGAUUGAAGAUCUUGAUCGUCGACAGCGAAGGGAAGCCGCAGAGGAGAACAACCAAUGUUGUUUUCAAAGAGGUUUUCAAGAACCUCUAA